CUCUUCCCACCCCCCCUAGUCAAUCCUAUUAUUCAUUUCUCUCCAUUCCCCAAUUUUUUUCUUCACGAAAACAAAAGGAAAAAGUCUUGGCUUCUCCCCUUCAAUCAGUCAUCUAAUGUUUAUAUCCAUACAUUUCCAUUUUACGCCGCUUAACCCUGACUUCUAAUUGAACAAGCCCAUCUAGAACGAUCGGCCCUUAUUCCCGAAUGCGCCAACCUGCAUUUUCUUGUGUUCAGCCUCAAUUGAAUCCUUCCGGUUAGUUUUACACGCCGUGGAGAGACACGGGUAACGGGUAACGCGCAUGUCGUCAUCCCAGAUCACAACGGAUUUGUCGUACGGCAACGGAGGACGAUCUGGGCAUUAUGCUCAUUCAAACACUGCUUCUACAGCUUCCGCCCUAUCCCCAAUCACCAUCCUGACCCCGACUUCGGCGAGCACCCUCUAUGCCUCGCCUGAUUCCGGAACCCAUCCUUACUUUGGAAGUGCCAAGUCGGAGCCCGAUGACGGCGACGGCUUGAGUAGCGGAGGUAGCGUAACAGCCGCUCCUUCGUUUGCCGAACCUGCCAAGAAAAAGCAGAAACGCAACAAGCCGACAUUGUCGUGCUAUGAAUGUGUAGAAAGAAAGACGAAGUGUGAUAGGGGCAGGCCUCAUUGCUUAGCAUGUAUCAAACGACAAACGGAAUGCAAGUAUGCACAUGUCGCGAACCUCCUUGAGGAGACGUCACGGUCGGCUACCAAUGGCCGUAGGAUGACGAAGCCGCCGAGGAAGAAGGUGACCAUGAAUGGAAUGAAGCCAACGAUUUCCAACAUAGCAGAUAGAGCAUCCAAUGUGUUUGGGGUAGGUGCCGAACACCCUUUUGCCAAUUACUGGACAUGCGAAGGCGGGCUUCCGGAAGUUCUCGGAGUUUUACCUGAGAAGCUACAAGCCGACAUCUUAUUAAGCCAAUACUUUGAGUGCGUGGACCCAGUCUAUCCGAUGAUCGACCGCUCAACCUUUUAUCUCGAGUAUGAACACUUUUGGUCACUUCGGGAGUCUGAGAGGAGCGAUGCGGCCUUCGUAGGUUUGCUUUUCACCAUGAUGGCUCUAGGGACUCAGUUCGUAUCAACAACAAACCCCAAAGAUCGUAAACAAACCUCGGAAUUCUAUGCCUCGGCGGGCAACCAAGCAUUGCGAAUGUUCUCGUAUCUAAACACUGCCUCGUUACGCUCUGUGCAAGCUAUGGUUUUGGUUGGUUAUUUUCUGAUAAACGAUAGUCAUGCUUCGGAUGGCUGGGCCUUUUCGGGCUUAUUAUUGAGACAAGCUUAUGCCAUGGGCCUCCAUAGAGACCCAAACAUAGUGACCCCAGAUGCAAGCGAAUUCGAGAAGCAGCAGCGACGCAAGCUCUGGCAAGCCGUUCUUGUUCAGGACACGUUUCUCACAGUGCUACUCUCGCUGCCUCCUAAUGCGACACAUACAGACGUCAAGGUAGAUGAUUUUAUUGAUGAUCCAGCUAGCUUCGGUGACUCGAGUCCUACAGACAUGGCAUAUAUUCGAGGCUCGUGGAUGCUGGCCAACUUGGUGCAGGAAACCAUCUCCAGUCCUCGGUCACUCGAUGUGCCCAUAUGCUGUACCCAACGGCAGAAGUCAAAACUCGUCGCAGAUUUCCGCGCAGUGUAUCGCUCUUUUCCCGACAUAUUCCGAUCUUGGGACCAAGAGAGCAUCGCGCAACUUGCGUGUAGCAAUAAGCGCAUCGUGAGGCAAACGCUGUUCCUGAGCAGCAACUACUACCAUAACCUCAUGCUGGUGCACGCCUCCGAAAGUCCCGACGUGCCUGUCAACGUACGGGCCACCUUAGAGGCCGCACACGAAGCGAUCACGUCCUUCUUCGUCCUGUUCACACUUUUCGAUGCCGAAGCACGAGUAUGGUGGGUGUUCCAUCAUAGGGCAUUCUUAGAAGCACUUUGUAUAGGAAGCGUUUUACGUGAGGCAGGAAGAGACCCCGCUACCGCAGACCAAUUUUUGAGAGAUCCGCUGUUUGCCCGGGCGAAGGCGGAUAUAACUCGCAUGGUUCAGAUAAUGAAGAUAAUGGCUGAUGGCGAAUACGGCACCAAUGAUGCGAGGACGAGGGUAGCUGUCCUAAGCGAGUUUUUGUAGACCAUGCUUGUAUAUAGAUGUACGUGUAUAUUGUUGCUUAUCUAUCUAGUAAUUCUGACCACCGUAAUGAGCUCACAAUGGAGUUUGCUAAGCUAUAUAUGCAUGAAGGCUUUCGUGGAAUAUCAAUGAAU